GUGCGCAGUUUCUUUGAAAAAGGGGCCCUUUCUGUGACUGGACCCUCAGUUGCUAAUGGACCCUCACUACUUGCUCAAAGGGGUUGCGUUGACCGCUACGGUACCCAAAGGCAAUAUCUCACAAAUGCUAAUAAAUCUUUAUUCUCACUGGUUGCUCACCAAAGAUACUCAAGAUUUGAUCAGCAUCCGGUACAACUAACUUGAAAGUCGGAUGGCACCAAGUUGGAACCUACAGUGAAGCAGGAAUGCAACCUGAAAGCCAAGAACAGAAAAAGAUACAAAGACAGCGAACAAAGAGAUAGCGCACCUCUUGCCGAUAGAAACGACGACACCCUUGAAGGGACAUGGCGGAGGAGACGGCGGCGGGUCUCUUCCUUUUCAAUUGAUAGUCUCCCACAACAUUGGCUGAACCAUGUCGGAAUCAUCAACCUCCCUCUUCGUCAUGCUAUGGGACUCGUUGCGCCGCCCUCGAGUGCUCUACAGCAGUAUUUAUGCAUGGAUUAGCGUUACAGGUGGCCGCUUCCUGGCACCAUUCUUGAGAAAUUUAGGGCUGAGUGACACUGAAAUCGGAGUGGCUCUGGCGUUGCAGCUUGCCAUUAUGACUUGCAUUGGACCAUGGGCCGCAAGGGUAACAGAAGCACUAGAGAGUGAAUACCCAGGCCGGGGAAGGGCACAAGUCUUGACGACAGGAAUCAUCUACGCCACAAUGGAGUACCUCAUGAAUGCGCUGGACUUUGAAAACAAGAAUUGCUAUGUUGCCCUGUGCGGUCUUUACACUGUGGGAGUUGCGAUGGUGUUUCCAGCUUUGGAUGGAAUGACGAACGACUUUCUGGAACGAUCUGAUAAUCCCGACGAAGAUCUUGCCAGAGAACGACUCUAUGGAGCCAUCAUCUGGGCAUUUACGAACUUGUACAUGUCAAUGGCCCUCGAUUGGUAUGGAUUCAAUGUUACCUAUCCCAUGGCCGCAAUCUGCGCAGUCGCUGUGCUAUUCUCUAUCUGCAUCUAUUCCACUGGUCAAUUUCUUGACAACAACGAAGACAUUGAAACCAACGUCAACAUGACGGAUGUCACAGACUUGAAAAAGCCAGCCCUGAACAAGCCAGCAACCGUGGCUCGUGAUCCUGGUUGCGAUGAUGACUCUCAUCACAGUGAUGCCCACACAGCAACGACUGCACCCACUCACCAGGACAGUGAAGCAGGAGAGAUGUCUUUGAGAUCGAUACUUGGAAGUGACAUGAGCUCGGUAACAGAAAGGUCAAUGGACACUUCGGCCUUUCAUGAUGCUUGCUCGGUGGCGGAGAGGUCCGUUGAGACUGAUGACGGCAACUCGAUGGACUCGUCCAUUCGAACCUCGGAUGUGACAGAAGGAUCACUCCAUAAGAGUUCCGGUAUGGAUACUUCUGUGAAAUCCGUCAGUAGAAGUGCAUCGUUCAUCAUGCAAGGUCGUAAGCCUCUUUCCACUCGGGCGGUUCUGGAAGAGCAGACCCAAAGAGAUAUUCACAAGAGGAAGACUGAGGACAAGGCAAGAAGAAGCAAAAAGGCAGCUGGAGAGGAAGAUGAUGAUGGCUAUCAGUCCAGUCUUGGUGAAGAGUAUCUGUUGGUGUUCCAGGCAAUGACCUCAUCCUGUUAUGGAUGCGCUUUCCUGUUCCUCUAUCUCAGCAUUUCGGCCGGGCAAUCCAUGGUGGACAACCUAAUCUUCCUUUACUUUGAAGAAAUGGGUGCAUCGUAUCUCAUAAUGGGGUAUACCAUUGUGAUUACUAUCAUUAUGGAGCUCUCGGUUUCCUAUGUUGCCCCCAAGCUGUUGACGGUCUUCAACUACAAUGUCUGGCUAGUGAUUGCAGGGCUGGCUUACAUCGUUCGAGUAAUCGGCUACACGAUGAUUCCACGGAAUCAUAUCUGGAUGAUUUGGGUCUUGGAACUCCUUCAUGGAUUGACCUUUGCCGGCACUCUGACGGCCAUGGCCGAGUUUGCCGCCGUAGUGGUACCAUACAACCCCAACCAACAAGCCACGCUGGUGCACCUGGUGUCACUGCUGCGUGGCAAAGCCAUGACUGCAGCCGUCUUUUGGGGGGCGCUGGUGCAGCAAGAAGUUGGACCCAAGUACAUGUACCGACGUUACACGCUGGUAGUGAUCCUCGCCGUCCUGUCCUUUGGGUUAGCCUUGUUGAUGGACUUUGUGUUUUCAGUGGACGCAGUCAGUGAAAACGUCAAACCGCAAGAGCCCAAGUCUCGUUUCGAGGGCAUGGUGACAGAUGAGGAACUGGCGCGGUCUCGUUGCAACAGCGUCGUGACGGAGGAUGGUCUGUUCCAGGACCCUAAAAACAGUGAUUUUGGAGACAACUACACUAUUUCGUGGGACUCUACGAAAAAGCGAGAUGAUGGCACCAACCCCGAGAGAGAUCUCUCGCGAGUGCUGUAGCACCGAGACAAAGCCGAUACGGCUCAUCUCAAAUGAACCAAGCAACAGUUUGCACAGUUCUGGAGUGCACAGUACCGUUAAGUAAUACAAACGAAUUAGUUACAAAUAUGCAUGAUUUUUACCAGCAAUGGGCCUGACU